GCUUCUCCCCGCACUUUUCCCCAUCACUCCUUCACACCAGCCAGCUAUAUCUCAUUUGGGUGACGGAAAUGAAAUUUAUGGUCAUCGCUCAACCAAAAAUUCCGUCUUAAAUAUGUCGCAGGGCCAAUGGCAGUGUGGGCUGUGUUCAACGCAAUUCACUCGUGCAGAGCAUCUCCGACGGCAUCUCAGAUCUCACGAGAACAAAAGACCAUAUGAAUGUAGUCUCUGCCAGCGAUCUUUCACACGACGAGACGCGAAGACUCGUCAUGAGAAGACAUGUAAAGUGCGGCACAGCGAGCAAGAUAGUUGCCUUGGAGAUGCAACGCAAAUACCUACAAGUUCCAUGCAGAUUCCGACUAAUGGGUUCGAUCACAUGUUUCAUGAGUUUGAGGACGAGUUCCUAAUGAAUAUGCCCUCUCCGUCUGACUUCUCUGCUCUGGACCGGCUAUAUGGGACACAUAUAAACCCCGAUGAUAUAAUAACUGCAGAAAGACUGGACUUUCUAGCCCGCUUCACUAGCGAGAAUGGCAUGGGGACAUUUCUUGACCAAGAGACCCUGGACGAGCGGCAAAAAAUCGUUCUAGAACACGAGAAUACCAGCGGCCAUAUAGCAACCUGUGUCGGGUCCAAUAGCCCUCGGUCCUUCUCGUCUCAGACAAUCAAGCCUUCAAUGCUCUAUAUGGACUCGGGUGAAGUUGACCCCCUAACUACAAGGGCAUUUGAGAUCCUCCAUCAUUUCCACUCCAUAACCACCCAGAAGACAGACAACAGCGUCGUGAGAUUAGAUUGGACAGGGGAGGUUGAAUAUCUAUGUCGCUCGUUUUUCUCGCCGGGUAAUAUCACCCGCUUCUUAGGAUAUUUCUGGUCGCUGUGGUAUCCUAGCUGCCCAUUCAUACAUCGUGCAUCGUUUGAUCCCCAGACUGCGCCGCCUGCUCUGCUCUGUGUCAUGCUUGUAAUCGGUGCAUGUCUCUCUCCACAUCCCGAUGAUGCAGACACGGCAAGAAUGUGGCUUGAUUGUGUGGAGGAGCUAGCCUUUAGCGAUAGGUCCUUUCGCGAGGAGUUUAGCUCUGUCCCCACUCCUGCUAUCCUGGAUCAAUACCUUGAGCGGAGGAAGAAACGAUUGGAGUGUAUUCAAACGGCGUACCUUGUCUGCUCGUUGCAGAAGAGGGAGGGGUCGACUGAGGCGCGGAAUAGAGUGCGGAGAUACAGGCAUGCUACUUUAGUUAUGCUUGCCAGAGACGUCGGACUUGUGACCGCAUCGCAUAGGGGUCUUAGUUUAGAUAGUCCCUCGGAAACAUGGUGGCAGCAGUUUGCUAUUGAGGAAGGAUUAAUCCGGACCAUAACAUACGUAUUUCUCUUCGACGCAGCCUUUACUAUAUUCCACAACUCACCACCCCGAAUGGUCAUCUCCGAACUAAAAAUGGAGAUGGCAUGUCCGGAGGCAUCUUUUCAAGCCGAAUCGGCAGAAGAAUGCUUUGUUGUCUUGGAAAACUGGAAACAAACAGUCUUCUGGACCCGCCAUUUAUCCAUCGUCGCUGUUGUGAAGAGUCUCUGCCAGAAAGAGCUGACGGCUGAAACCAUAGAGGCAUACUCCAAAAUGGGAACUCUGAAUCUAUUUACCGCCGUGCAGUGCAUCCACUCUCUAACAUUCCAUCUUAAGAAUUCUAUCAUAUUCGAGUCGACUCUGUUACCGAUCAAAACAGGAUUAGAAAAUUGGCGCCGCCUAUGGAGCAGACGCGAACCCGAGGAUAGGAACAUCCUAAACAGCCCCGACACGCUAUGGAAGAAAUUUGGACACGCCAGCUACUCUGCAGAGUUAUGGCACCUGGCGCGUAUUAUCGUUGAGAAGAUUGGGGACGACAUUGCGGAUGUUGGAGAGGACUCAGAUCCUGUGCUUGAGCAGCCGAAGAAGAGAUAUGACAAUACCGAUAUGAAAGAUGUGAAUGGGUUGAUUAUGGAGUAUAGGCGGUUGAGUUUGGGUGGGGCUAUUUGAUGCUUUAGAGUGGUUGUAUAUUCGGUUGUCAUGGUGGUCGAAGGAUUCGCCACGAAAGGCCGUGGGGCAAUGGGAACAUGAUAUCCUGGAUGGCAUCCUCAGAUGCUGUGGCUGGGUCUUUGUCAAGUGAUUGUUCCGACGAGUUGGUCUGCAACGCGCUGCGUUUUAUCUUGUGGUAUUCCCCGAAUGCACGAAGACGUGGUGUCAUCUCGGCGAGGGCCU